AUGCACUUAUGGUUGUUCCUGAAUAACUACGUUGUCAAUUGCAUUUUCUUAAAAUCUUUUAUAUUAUCCUAAAUAAUCCUUUGGAUGAAUAUGCAUAAUUAAUUUCAGAUGUAUUAUAAUAGUCAGAAAGUAUAAUUUAAAUUUCUCAUUAAAUUAAUAGAAUUUCAAACUGAAGUAGAAUUCUUUACUAUCCUGGUUAAUUAAUUUUGUCAUUACAAUACUAUUGCUUCAUCCAUCUUUUGUGUUCUUUCUUAUGUUAAUAAAGGUAUCUCAAUUGAUGAAGUGAUGGCCAGUUGUUCAUGUACUCAAGAACAAUUUAUCAAAGUUUAUGAUUUUUUCAAGGUAUUUUAAUCAUUAUUACUUAGAUCUGUUUCCUAGAAAAGAAUCUAGUCUAUUCUAUCUAUAUACUUACUAUGAGAUAGGCAAUCUAAUAAAUCUAAUUUACCAAAAACCUUUAUGAGUAAUAUUUAUAAAUUAUUGAACAUUCAACAAAUUCUACAAGAAAAUUAGAAGAACUCAUUUAAUAAUAUACUAAAAAUAAAAAGUACUUUAAACUCAAAGAAAUAAUUAUUAAUAUUGAACAUUUCCUUAUUCUUUGGAAUCCUUAUAAUAAAUUUGAAUUAUGUUAAUUAUGGGAUAUGCUUGAAUAAAAUGGAUAUGAUUUAGUUAUGGAAUAUAAUAAAGCAGUAGAGAAUUUCUAAGCUAUCUAUAAACCUACAACAGAAGGAUUAUUCUUCAUCAUGUUAUAGAUUUGUAUAUUUCUAAGAGAAUUCUCCAAUUUUGAGAAGUACUAUUCAAUUCACUAUUUUAUAGAGAAGGCACUCCUGCUUAUAAACAUCCAUUAUUGAGAGGUUAAUCAAUAGAAUUUGAAGAAGUAGGAUUAUAUGGGGAGUUAAGUUAAUUAAAAAUGUUAGCUAAGAAGAAACCAAAGUAAUAAUUGAAUGAAGAUUAUUUUCCAACUAUAAUGAGUAAUGUUUAAUUAGAGAAUCUUAAUUUAGAUAUUAAAAAUAAUAGAGAUAGUUUUAUUAAUUAUUAUCAAUCAUAAUUUGAUUCAAACAUUUUAUAAGAAUAUUUACAAACUAAAUAAGACUUUUUAAGAGAGAAAUUAUUAUCUACUUCUAAAAUUCCAAAUCCAUAUUAUUAUAAGAGAUGGUUAUGGGUGUAAUUUCCAUGGUUAGCAUUAACUUAAAAGAAUAAUUUCUCUAAACUUAUGUAAUUUUAUGGAAAAGAUUCUACUUAAUAUAUGUCCAUUUAGGAAGAAAUAUCAAUCAAUCAAAAGGCAAUUAGAUUAGUUAUUAAUGCUAAGAGUUCUAAGGAUAAAUCUAUUAAUAAAUUACCAGAAAUAAAACAUCGUUAUUAUAGUCCUAUGGUUAAUAAGGAUGAACCUAUUAGAAGAUUAAAUCAAUCUUUAGAAAAAAGUAUAGAUAGAGCAACAUCAACAGGUAGAAGAGAAUUGCCUGAGAAUAAAAAGAAGGUGUUAUAUAUUAAGAAAUAUAAUUAAUUAUAGUAUUAGAAGUAAGAAUAUUAAUUAAGAUUUUUAGUUAAUAAUUAAAGAAUAAAUUAAAGGAAUUAUAAACAGUUAAAUAGAAUUUAUAUCCUUAAGAGGCUACUAUUGAAGCUUAUAGAUUGAAUGAUUUAACUAAGACUUAGGGAGAUGAAUUAAAGAAAUAAAUGGACAAUUUGUAAGGAGUUUAAAAUGAAAUGAAAAGAAUGUAAACAGUGUUAAAAUUAUGUUAAUUUAAUUAAGAUUAAAAUGAAGAGAGAGUAUAGUAAUUAUUUAGACAUUGUAAAAAUUUGGAUAGGAUGAUUAAUGAAUAUAAAUAAAUAAUAAAGGAAUUGAAUGAGAAAUUAAGUGUAUAUAAAUAAAAGAGUAAAAUAGAACCUAUUAAAUAAUAAAAAUAACAUAUUUCAAAAUAGUAUAUGACAAUGAAAGAUUUAGGUUAGAUUAAUUAAAAAAACAUAAAUACUAAUGGUAAUAUUAGUUAGAAUCAUAAUAGUGAAUAUAAGAUAAAAGUUACAUUUGAUAUGUAAGAUCAUAAUAAGAAUUUAAGACAUUAAAAUUCAAUUAAUAAUAAUUUAUAAUAAUAGGAUAAAUUACGUGAAACUUAAACUAGAUUGAUGUUGGAAUAAAUGCCAUCGAAUAGAAUGAUUACUCCUGGAUAUAGAUUAUCAUUGAAAUUAAAAGGAGAUAAUAGUGAUCAAAUAGAUUCACACAUUCUAGAAUAGAUUAAACAUCUUAAUUUUUUAGGAAUUGCUAAUACUUAUAAUAAUCCAACAUUUGAUGAAUUUCUAAAUCAUUUAACAAAAUAAAAUGAAUUAAAUUUAGAAGUAUAAGAAUGUUCAAUUAAAUUAAAUGAAGUAAGAAUUAAGAAAUAAGAAAAAUAAACAUUUUUGAAAGUAAGAAAUAUAUUCUUAUAUUAAUAGAUAUUAUAAAAAAAUGAGAAACCAUAAGAUAUAAAAGCUGAAUAAUUCAUAUCAUCUGAUGAUGUAGAUAAAUUAAGAAGAGCAAAUGAUGCUAAAACAAUUACUUUAAAGAAAUUAAAAUAAAAUAAGGCAGUGUAUGACUUUUUCCGUAAUAAUAUAUAUAAAGAUGUUAAUGCUUUCAUUCCAAUCAAAGAUAAUUUAACAAUAACCUAAAUAUUUAGUGUGA